UUUAACAUCUUUUAAGUUUCUGUGCAUAAUGCGGAUAUCUGUUGCAGUAACUAAACGCCAAUAGGAUAACAUCGAGACAAACGUUUCAAAUUUGAGGCGAGCUCCAACUGAGAUGGAUCAUCCGUAAUCAAAACGAAGAAGACCCGAGAACAACAGAACGUUAACACCCAGCACAAUUAUUUGUGAUAAUUUUAAGGCAAAAAUGAAUUAUGUUUUUAUGGCAGUUACCACCACUAGCCACCAAUGAGGUGGAAGAAUUAAUUAAUAUCUCUGCUCCUUUGCAUCAAGCAGGUGAAAGAGCAUCGACCGUCGCAAAUUUAACGACUUAACCGGCAUCAGCACAAAGAUUUAGCUAUUUCGGCCCUAACGUACAGUUAAGAACGACACUGCUUUAAUAUCGACUGUUUUAAGGAAUUUUUAGUCGAAUUUUUAGCCGAAUUUUUUGCGCUUUUCCCCAAGCUCCGGGAGACGUCGUUUUACGCGAAGAAAACUGUCGGAAGGCGAUCAUGGUGAUGGCAUGGACAACCGCUUCGGUUAUCGUAACAGCUCUACCGCUAUGUGUGGUGAUUUUAAUCGGUAUUCUUGGCAAUCUAAUGGUUGUUCUAAUCAGCACUAAAGGCAAUAGAGUUCGUACAAAGGGACGAGCCUUGAUAGCCAGUUUGGCCUUUGCAGACACUCUGGAGUCUACAAAUCUGAUAUUUAUGCUAGUAUCAGUGGCACAUUACGGACAUUGGAUUUUUGGCGAUGCGCUAUGCCAGUUGAACGGGUUUCUCACUACAGAGUUUGUUAUUUCGUCCAUGUACAGCUUGACUGCGAUAAGCAUCAAUCGCUAUUUUAUGGUGGUGAAACAAAACUACUAUCGAAAGGUUUUCAACCCAAGAAACCAAGCUUUAAUUGUCGCUUUUAUUUGGUGUAUUCCUCUCCCGUUUGCUAUCGGACCAUUGGUUGGUUGGUCGAAGUUUGAGUUCCAAACAGGAAAAUGCAUUUGCAUCUUUUUCUUCAGUCGAUCCGUCGUUUUUUCCGCCGCGCUUCUGGUAGUUGCUGUUCCUCUACCGCUGGGGAUAAUCUGUUUUUGCUGUUUCAAGAUUUUCAGAGAGGUUGGUCACCAUUCCAAGCGGGUUACCACAAUGAGCAGUAAUGCACCUUCAGUGAACGUUGAAGAGGUGCGAAUCACUAAGACCUUAGCAGUUGUGAUAGGCGCGUACCUAAUUUGCUUCAUUCCAGCUGCAACCAUAAAUCUAAUUGAAAUGGUUCAACCCAGCUUUGAAAUACCUCUUUGGAUCGAUAUACUGUCGAUGAUAUUGGUCUUUUGCAACCAUGCAAAUAACCCCGUUAUUUACGGAGCGUUGAACAGGCAGUAUCGCAAAGCAUUCAAGGACAUAUUGAAAAAUCUCCUUGGAGGGCAAUGCUCCUUGGACAAAACGACUGAUAGUUCGAACAAUAGCACGGUGCUGGAAACAAGUACAGCGCCGAGAUCAAGAAAGUUGUUUAAGACUACUGUGAAUGUAGCGACAAUGGCUAAAGCGAAAAGCAACAGUGAAGCUAAAUGCAUCGAAAGCACUGGAAACUGUUUAGAAGUAGUGGCACCGAAAUGAGUUUGUUGGUUUAGAAAGUUGUUUAUAAGGGACAAAAUUGAAACACUGAAACAAAUUAGACUGUAUAUAAACUGCUGAGCUUAGGGCCAAGAAUUUCAAAGCCUUUCAAAGAAUUGCGGCAAUUGUA